AUGUUGACCUCGACGGCGACAAGCAUGAUCCGCACGGGCGUGGGCCGCUCGUCCAACGGGCUCCAGCCCAUCCUCUUCCGCAACGCCGCCUGCCCCUACUCGGCCGCCAGCGCCGGCGUCUCGCCCUUCUCCAUGGCUGCCACUCCCCAGCUUGCCACCCGCCCGUCGAAGCAGUCGUCCCCGGCGGCGGCGUCGGCGGCAGCCCGGCCACAGGCCAUAUGCAUUCGACCCAUCUCCACGGCUGCUGCUGCCGCCACUCCCACCGCCGCCACCGCCACCGCCACCGCUACUUCUGGCAAGCCGGCGCCGUCAGCCCUCCUGAUCCGCUUCCGCACGCAGCAGCAGCAGCGCCGCAACGCCUCGACCACGACGACGACCACGGCGACGCAGCCCCGCAGCGACCACGACGUGGACGCCAGCGCGGCACAGGCCGCAGCCAACGCGCAGGCGGCGGCGCACCCGGAGCAGCCGCCGCUGGACUGGAACACGUUCUUCAAGCUGCGCAAGACGCGGCGGCGGCUGCAGCUGGUGCUGAGCGUGGCGACGGCGCUGGGCACGUCGACGGGCGGCGCGCUGUUCGUGACGACGAGCACGGCCGACCGCAUCAUGGGCCAGGUGCCGCUGGACCCCAUCUUCACCAUGGGUAUUAUUACAAUGAGCUUCGCCGCACUGGGCUGGCUGGUCGGCCCGAGCAUAGGCACCGCCAUCUUCAACGCCCUGCGCAGCAGCUACAAGAGCCAGAUGGCCGUCAAGGAGAGCCAGCUGUUUGCGCGCAUCAAGAAGCAUCGUGUUGAUCCGAGCACCAGCUCCAUGGGGAACCCAGUGCCCGACUUUUACGGCGAGAAGAUCUCGAGCGUGGCGGGCUAUCGGCAGUGGCUGAGGGACCAGAGAGCGUUCAACAAGAAGCGGACGACGUUUGUAUGA